GACGGUAUCAACCUCGCGUAUUUGCGAUUAGUAAUAUCAUCAGUAUAUGAAGUAUGCAGGAUUUACCACUGGCUGGGCUAACAGUGGGCUACGUUUCUUGUCAAAUACACAAACAUACUCAAAAGUCAAAAGUGAUUUCGAUGGAUUUAGAAGAUAAAUUGCUUGGUUAUAAAGCUCAAAAUUAUGUCUCUAGCUCUGAAAGUGAAGGGGAAGACGAUGAAGAUAGCGGGCGAGAGAGUGGGGGUGAAGUAAAGAAUAAAAACACUGAAGAAACACCGCAAUUGGACCUCCGUGUCGAUGGACCAAUGGUAAAAUGAUUUAUUUAUGAAACAAAAGGCGUUUUCGUGGUCUAUAUUGUUUGUAGAUUCAGCGGUUAUUUUACUUUCUAAUUCUUUAAUUAACAUGAUAUAAUUGCUACAUUGAAUGUGGGUAUUUGAUUACUUAGAAACAUCAUUUUAUAAACUUUCAGAUUUUGUAAUUUCACAAGAAAGCAUACAAUUAUAGAAUGGUUCAUUAGGACAAGAAUACUGAGGGAGUGUACAAGGCCGGUGAGAGGGGCAAAGUAAACGGGGCCCGAAGUGCUCAGAGGGGCCUGGAAAUCUUGGUAAAAUGUUCGUAUCGUUUAUCAUAAUGCUUUAUGUUUGUCCUAAAUGAAAUAUGCCUACUUGCACACUAUCCGCUGAUCAUUGUGAUCAAUUGUAAAACGUACUAAAUGUGAGAUAAAUUGUUUUCUCUGCUAAAACAGUUAAACAUUGUUCACAUUGCGUCUUUAUCAGUUAUGCAGCGAUUUCUCGCAAGUAAUUUGCUGGCGAUUCCCUCGUUGAUUGUGAUUAAAAAAUAGACUUUGGUGUGGCCAUCAGUGUGAGUCAAGAAGGCCGUGGGGCCGUGGUUGGCUCUCGCCGGCCUUGGGUGUUUAUAUGGAGGCGAGCAAGCCCCAGUGCACAAGCUAGCUCAUUUUACUGAUUUGAUUUCAUUCCGUGUUUACAUGAGACUUUUGAGGCAUGCUGACUCACCAAAACAAACCACUAGCAUAGAGUAGAUACAUAUACAGAGUUAAAACUGGUUUUUGUGUGUGUGCUCAGCAAGUUUCUAGAUGCAUGCAUCCCCAUUGGAUGGUGGCUUGCUUUAACUGCUCAUGGAACUUGCCGACCAUGCGCAGUUGAUACUUUUUUGGCCGGUUGCCUGAAAAAAGUGGGUGCAUGAAAACGUAAGUUUUCUGCAGUGUUUACGACGGCCAGUCCCACCUCUGUAUGCAUCUACUCUGUGCCACCAGUUGCUACAACUAGUAUAAUAUAAAUAUAUUUUGUACCUGAAAUUCACACUUUUGCAAUCGACAUUCAUGGUUAUAACUCACAGGAUCGUUCACAGAGACCUUUUAAGAUCAAAAUCUGUUGUUGCAAAUUGUAACAUUAUCUUAAAAAUGACUUCACACAGCUGCAGUAUGUAAAGUUACACCUCGCCACACUAUUCAAAAGAAUCAAUGUUGUAUUUUGGAGAAAAGUAAUUAACAUUUUCAAACCUUUAUUUUAUUUUUCAAAUUUAUCUUUUUUAUUUUAUUACUAUUUUAGACAGGACCAAAAGGUGUGCUUGAAGAUUAUCGAAGAUAUCGACAGCUUGCAGCAGAACAACGUGAGGAAAAGAAGGCGGAGUUAGAAGCUUUGGCAAAAAAAUUUUCAAUUACUUGUCAGAGUAGUGUAAGUUUGAUUAUUUUAGCUCACACUCGUUAGAAUAAAUAGUCGUAUAUUACAAUGAUUAACUCAUUAUGUGGCAGCAAUCUCCCCUUGUCUGUCAUUAAACAAAGUAAAAUAAUAAAGUCCAUACAUUGCUACUUAAAGAGUGCAUUGCUAGUUAAUUCUUAGCUAAUUGAAUACAGUGUUAGUGCGUAGGCAGUUACGAUAUAUUGAUAUUUUCGAUAAAUAUGAUAUUAAUAGUUUUGUUUGUGGAAACACCACGUAAAUUUAUUACUGCAGUAAUAAUUUUACGUGGUGUUUCCACAAACAAAACUAUUAUAUUUUAUCGCCAUGCAAACAUACAAAGAACUUAAAUAUGAUAUUGCAAAAAUAUCCAUAUUUGAUUUUUCAAUAUUUUUUUAUUAUCGAUAAUUUUUUUUCGAUAUCGAUAUAUAACGAUUUUUUUCAAUAUCGCAACUGCCUAUAUUAGUGACCUCUCUUAAGUAAUGCCUCUCAUGAACAGUUAUCUGAUUCAUAUCAUGAUCCUCUAGCGUGAAUAUUGAUGCAAAUUGAAAAGUUUACAAGUUCACGAGAAAAUACUCAAACACUAAUAAAUUUUCACAUAAACAAAGAAAAGUCAUUACAAUGAGAUAUAGCUGAUGGGAGACCGCCAAGCGAAGACUGUCUCGUUAAGAAUUUUUACAAGUUAUUUUAUAGGCUAGCUAUUAAAGGCGAGGCAGAACAACAAUUAAGAUUAGUGUCAAGAUAAUUAGGAAGUAUUAACACAAUUAGGCUGGAAUUGAUAAUAAGCUAAAAAUGUUUAAGUGGUGGCUGCCAAGAGGAAAUUUAAAGUUAAUAGUAUUUGUGGCAUAAAGAUUUAUUCUGGGUGAGCCUAUUUCCUAAAAGGUUUAUGAAAAAUAAAGUGAAAUAUAUAAAAGUUUGAUAAUGUUCCAAAUUUUAGCAUGUUGCUAAAAAAAUUGUUGGGACGAAGCAAAAGUUGCCUCUUGUGACAUGGUCUUUACCAUGCGAAGGAAAAUGCAUGGUUCAUCUUUGUUCUUUUUCUCCAAAGCUAGAUGAAGAAAAAGAAAAGAGUGCUACAAAAGAAUUUGAAUUUGAUGAAGAAGAUGAGUUUGUAAAGAUGUACCACAUGAAACGAUUACAAGAAAUGAGACGUCGAGCUGAGGAAUAUGUCUCGUCAAUUAGGCAAGCACUGAUUUAUACUUGACACAGGAUGACCUGCCUGGGCGAACGUUGAAGAAGCGAAAUGUAGUUUGUCUGAAAUUCCAUCCAUAGUUAUCUUUUUAGUCUCAGGCAAACGUGUGUGUAUACUAAUAGGCAAUGUUUUAGUUUAUGCCUGCAGGGGAUGAUGGGAAGUAAGGUAUCAUAGUGCUGAUUAUGCUGAUAAGUUUCAAUAAAAACUACCGAAACAACCAAAAUAUUUCAAUAUUUACAAGUAUAAGCUAUCACUUCGUGUUUACACAGCCACCAUUUCUAUUUUUUCAGCAUAAUCAGCAAUGCGAUACCUUACUUCCCAUUGUUCCCUGCAUGCAUAAACUAAAAGCUGGAAUUGCCUAUUAACAAAAUAGAUAAGAUUUUUCUGUUGUCUGUUCAGUUAUAGAUGCACAGUAUAUGACAUCAUAAUGUGUAGUGUAGUAGUUUUGACUGUGUGCAUGAUUGCAUGAACAUGCAAUGGUAUGGCUAGAGUAUUGAAUUUGUGGGAGGCGAAACAAACAUAAAUUUCAAAAACAAGCACCGAUGCUGUGUGAGUCCUAGGCAGGGUUUUUUCAGGAUUUUCUCUUGGGUCCAUUUUUGCAGAGAAGAUUGAGUUUAGCUGAACAGCUGGGGUAGCUGCACCCCCCCCCCCCCCCAGUAGCAGAAAUAGUGAGUUGCUAUCUAAAAAGUUGUGAGAUUGACUGAAAAAUCGUGAGACUUAGAAAUAUUCAGGUUUGCUCAUUGAUAUGACCAGGGUUAACUUUAACAACAUUAGAAAAUAAUCAAUAGAUAUUCAGUCUUAGGAAAGUAUGCGUUAUAUUUUGUUAAUAUAACCGUAAAUGCAAGGCUUAUUAAGAAUAGGUGUUUUUUCUUUAUGGCUUCCACUGUACAAAAAAACAAGAAAAUUAUGAGUAAUAUUAAGACUAGAGGACAAUAAACUUAGCAGGACACGCCUUUCACUUUGUAACACAAACAUCACGUAUACAAAAUUCUGGCGUUGUACAUUGUGCAUUAUUAAUACACUAAUAAAGUAUGAUGUUUCCUUGGAAGAGUGUGCCUAAUUGUAACUAGAUGUUGCGCUUUUCGAUGAUUUCAUAAGUUCCGAAAAUCGUGAGAUUUGGGGACUUAAUCGUGAGAUCGUGAGAAAGCAUAAAAAAUCGUGAGUCUCACGAUUAAAUCGUGAGACUUGGCAGAUCUGUUUCAAUCCUGGUAUCCCCGUUGGACACUGAGCAUUAGCGAUCUUCAGUCACUUAUAAUGUAAUGAACUAAAUAACUUAAUUCAAUCAUAUAUUCUAAUUUUUGGCUUUGCUUCUACUACAGGCCAACUUUUGGUACGCUACAAGAUAUCCCAGGCAAGGAGUAUCUUGAUGCUGUAGAUAAAGAGAAUGCUAAUGUUGUCAUUGUGAUGCAUCUGUAUCAGCCUGUAAGUUAGACAUAUUACAGUCAAUUUCACAUAACUUUUGCCAAGAUAUUCCAAACUUUGUUCCCAAAUUUGUUGCGAAGUUCAAAAGUUCAUAAUAUUUUUACAAACUGGUUGGUUAGGUAAGCAUUUGAUUGGUUUCUUUUAAUUAGAGGACCAAUCAAUUUCAGUAUUUCAAUAUGAACUUUCAUAACAGUAUCAAUUGCAGAAUUUCAGUAUGAACCUCCGAAUAUUUUGGCAAAAGUUAUGUGAAAUCGACUGUUAUUUUGAGUGUUGAUAUUGAUUAUUUCAAUCCUUCUUAAAUUGGCUAUUGAUCUGGGCUACUGAAAAAAUUAAACCGUGUUCCUGCUGACUGGUAACAUUGUACAACCAGGUAACUCGCACUGCUGAGAGCCAGAGUCUCAGAUUUUAAAUAGAAGUGUCAACCAGUCUGUAGUAUAGACACUUAUCCAGCAUGGAUGAACAUAAAUAUAAAUCAUGAUUUGUGUACGAAAAUUGUAAUCCAAGGAUGAAUAUUAACCCAUUAGAGACUAGCGCAUCAAUGGGGUAAACAGUUAUUCUUCUUAACAGGGUGUUGAAGGCUGUUCGGUAAUGACAGGUUGCCUCAAGGUUCUCUCCCAACAAUAUCCAAGGGUAAGCUUUAAUGCAUUUGUGGUUUCUCCUUCAUCUACAACAAUAGAAAGCAAUGAUUUAUAUGUUGUAACUUGUUCUUUCUUUAGGUCAAAUUUUGCCAAGUACUCGCAUCAGAAACUGGGAUUAGUAAAUAUUUUGUAAGUAUAUAA